GAGAGUUUCCGAGCUGAGGUCCAAGCCAAAAGGGAGAAUCUCCAAGUCAAAUCUGAUCAAUUACAGGAGACACAUUAAAAUCAAAUGCAUCGCAAGGUUUGUACACUUCAUUUACACAGGGUGAAAAAUUAAUGACGGAAUGUCAAAAGCAUAUCAGUAGGCUUCAAAGCCGACUAAGUCAGGCAGAACAGAGGGCAGCUACAGCAUCACAAAAGCUCAGCACGUUAACUACAUGGAAGAAAAAGGCUACUUCUCUGAAGAAACUAGAAAAUAUUUAAGAUGAAAUAAUAAUAUUCACACCAUAUUGGAGGUAAGAAGCUAGCUGGAGAAACUUGGAAUUGUACCAUUAAAAUCAAAUGCAUCACAAGGUUUGUAAAACUUCAUAUAUAUAUAUAUAUAUAACGUUUCACUCAAAUAACAAAGAAGGGUGGCUGAAGAUACAUACUGUCUCUGUUUGCAUGGUGGAAAUAAGAAGAAUGCAAACUGACGUAAUUCAAGUCCUUUAAUGCAGCAGAUGAAACAGUCUGAUACAGUGCUGUGGCGUGUUAUCGGUUGGAGUCUUAUAAAAAAUUGUUACGUCCAACUGUGACAAAAUUGUUUACAGGGAGUAGAGUCCAUUCUAUUGAAAUUCUGAAACAGCUUUGCUCAUAUACAGCUGGAAUUUCUUUUCAUUUUGUAGAGCAUUAACUUGGGAACGUUUCCAAGGUCUUACAUGAAUCGUAUUAAGACAUUAAUAAACAUCAUGAAUGUCAAAUAGUUCUUAUGGUAGGUGCUACAACUGGGAAAUUCUUCUAUUGCCUUUCAUUGUUAAGAAUUCAGUUCAGUUUGCUAUGUGUCUGUGAAACAGUGUUGCUACAGUUAUUCUUACAGCUAGUUUUUAAGGACCCUCACCUUUCUUCAGUUCUGCUUCCCCUCCUCUCCCCACAUUGCUGUUUUACAUUUGUUCCUUGCUUUUCCACUUGGAAGUGCAGUUCUCAAUUCAAUUUGCACAAAGCUGGUCAUCCGGCUUUUAUGAGUGUGUUGUAAUUCUACAAAUGCCAGUAUGGGAGAAUCCUUGACAAAUGAGAAACUUCAUAUGUAUUACUCUAUAGCUUAAGUCUGUUUUCUAUUUCACCAUAUAUAAUAAGCAUUUCAUACCUGUAACUACUUUUGACCCAUUUUGGACUAAAGUUAACUUCUUGUUAUUUCUCUUAAAUAUGAAGAGCACAAUUUUGUUGUAAGACUUCUAAUUCAGCUGAUAGAUAAUGUUUACCCUGCUUACCCAGUGCUUGUUGAAAAGUAUUGUUAUGGGCAAACACAGUUCAGGAGUCUGUCAGACUGUCUUCAUUGCAUUUGCAUUUCAGAGGACAAAUAAAAUUUGAUCACCAGAUAAAAGUAGGCUUGUGGCACCUCCUGAAAAGCUUGUUUGUCUAUUAAAGAAGAGCCUGCAAGAUGGAGGCAACCUGAAGGAAAAUUUCUGCUUACCUCAAAGGAAUUCAUCGUUUCUACAAUCACACGUGCAAUGGCACAUUGCUCAGUGGGAGCUGGGAGGUGAGGUGCUUGCUGAAACAAUCAAGACUUGAGAUUUGAUCAUUAGAUGAGUUUUACACUUUCCCUCGUGAUAUCAGAUUACUUAGUGGAAUUGAACGAUGGCCUUUUUGAACGUCUUGGAUCUGGGGUCAUACUUGCUGAUGGGGGCAUUCUGCAUGCCACAGAAUGAAGACAGGAAGCAGCAGAAGAAGGCUUUCUGUGGUUGCAUUUCAAGCCCGUCACAGGAUGUAUAUGAGAUGAGAAUUGGCUCCAUCAAGUUCCAGGUGGCCUCUGGUGAUAUUACCAAGGAAACUGGAGAUGUCAUUGUAAACAUAUCAAACAAAACUUUCAACCUCAAAACAGAUGUCUCUGAAGCAAUUUUGGAAGAUGCUGGGAAAAUGGUUGAAAACGAAUGUGCUGAAGUAGCCUUGCAGCAUAAUGAUGGCUAUAUAAACACCAAAGCAGGAAGCUUGCCGUGGAAAAAAAAAAUCCAUUAUGUUGCCCAAUAUGGUAUCGAAAUGCCAGUCUCCAAAGUGCUUCAUGAAUGUGAAUUACAGCAGUACACCUCUGUUACCUUCCCAGCAAUUGGAGCAUAUCAGGAGUCAUCAGCACUCCCUGAAAAAUGGGACGAUAUGCAAAAUCAGCAGCUCAAAAUAGCCGAAUUGAAGCCACAUACAAAAAACUACAAACAAGUGAAGGAAAGGUUUCUGAAGACCACUCCGUCAUUAAAUCUAAAAAUUGAAAAGGUAAAAGCGUUCACCGCCAGCGGCUAUUGGUUUUUGCCACCUAUGAAUGAGAGCCUGCGUGCCACGCUCACAAAAAUCUGCACCGGUGGAGGUGAUCCACUGUCAGGGUUGCCACGUGCUGAAACGCAGCACCCGCCACCUCACUGUACUCACGUGGGCUGGCUGGUCUCCAGAAACUUUCAGCAAGUGUCAAUCAAUGUCCACGGGCGCUAUUUUUUCUGCAGCGAGGAAUGUAACUCUACCUCCCUGUCUCAUCCUCACUCCCGUGUUGGAUGCCGUUUUGUCAAACUGCCCCUCUGCUGCUAUCUAUUGCACGGCAACAAAACGUAG